AUAUGUUAUCAGCUACACUAUUAUGUCACGAAUACUGCAACUCGCGAAAGCAUGAACAUACAACAGAACCCACCGUAAAAGAAGAAACUUAUCAUGAAAUAGCAAAAACUUUCCGAAAUGUACAAAUGCAGCAAAAUAGCGUUGGUACGAACACUAGCAGGUAUGCAAAUACUAAUAGUCUGCGUGUCAGUAGGAAUGAUCGCCUUUGUAGCUGCAAAUCUCCGUCACAGGUCUUUACGAACGGAUUAUUCAAUGCUUGUUACGCUGAUGAUAAUAAACGGUAUUAUACUGAUAUCGUUAGCAGCUGUGGGUAUCGUCGUCAGUAUAUACGAAUGGGCGAAUGUAGCUCGCUGCUAUGCAUUUACCGUCAUUGUAACAGCGUUGAUCCAAGCUUCUAUCGCAAUCUUUGCUGUAACACAGCUAAAGGAAAUUGCAAGCACCAGGAAAGAUUUGGAGCGCGUCUAUGAGGACUAUCCUUUAAACAAGAAAGCCAGAACGGCGAUUGACGGAAUACAGAAAGAUGUAGAGUGCUGUGGUGUUGAUGGUCCCCAAGAUUGGCAAAUCAGAGAAUGGAAAGUCCCUGAUUCGUGUAAGGACAUAGAUGGAAACGUUUUUAAAGUAGGAUGUUUGGUGCCGUUUCAUAAUAGCAUUGUAGUUGCAACAGAAGCUGGGAAGUUCCGGUAAGGUUUUUGGUGUAUCUUUCCGCAAGACAAAAUCGAAAGAGA